AUGAAAGUCGCAAUCCUGCAAACCGCGCCCAAGCUGGGGGAAGUGCAGCAGAACAUCGCCCAAGCGGACUAUCUGCUCAGUGGGCUCACACCAGGCAGCGUGAAGUGGUUGGUUUUGCCGGAAAUGGCGUUUUCUGGCUACAACUUCCCGUCCACGGAAGCAAUAUCACCCUACCUAGAACCAACCGCAGCAGGCGUCUCAACACAAUGGGCCACGACAACCGCAAAGCGACUGCGCUGUCACGUCACAGUCGGCUACCCCGAAACGACCGUGACAGAGCCCAAACGGCACUACAACUCCACCGUCACCGUCGGCCCCACCGGGAACAUGGUCGCGCACUACCGCAAGACGUUCCUCUACUACACGGACGAGACAUGGGCGAACGAAGGCACCGGGUUCUACCACGACGAUCUAUACGAGCUGGGCGACGUCUGCAUGGGAAUCUGCAUGGAUAUCAACCCGAAGCAGUUCCAAGCGCCCUGGGACGCCUACGAGUUCGCGCACCACGCGCUGUCGAGCGGCGCGCCGCUGGUCGUGCUGUCGAUGGCGUGGCUCACACGGCUGACGCCCCAGGAGCUAGAAGAGCUGCCCUAUCAACCGGACAUGGAGACGCUGGCCUACUGGGUGGAGCGGUUCUAUCCGUUCCUAGGGACGGCGGGUGGGCGGCCGGUCACCUUGGUGAUUGCGAACCGGUGCGGGCAGGAGGGGGAGGCGUGCUAUGCAGGGAGCAGCACGGUGAUUUCGAUCCGCGAGGGGAAGGCGGCCGUCUACGAGAUCUGCGGGAAGAUGGAGCAGCGGUGCUUGGUGGUCGAUUUGGCGCAGGCUCCGAAAUUGGCGAUUCAACAUGGCGGGGCUGCGUGAGUGAGUGGUAUUGAGAAGCGGUCCGGAUCGGUUCAUUUGUAACCAGCCAUGCAAUUUGUGGGAAGCCAUAACAUUCAAGUAGGGUCAUGCUCGAAUGUACAAUCAUAGAGUGAUAUCCACCGUUCUCCCCCGAAGGUGUUCCAGGGUUGUGUCGAUGGCCACUAUCCUCCGCUCCCGUUCUUGCUUUUGAAACCACAUCCUUCGAAUCGUUUUGUCAUGCUGUCCAUGAUGGCCCCGAAAAAGGAAAAUCCGCCGGCGCCGAGAAUGAGAUG